GUCCGGCCCAUGAAUAGGAGGGAAAUAGACCUGCAUACAAAAUGUGUGCUGGAUGUGGAUGCAAACAAAGUGAUUCUUCAUCCCGUUAACACUAACCUUUCAAAAGGAGAUGCCAGGAGUCAACCAAAGGUGUUUGCCUACGAUCACUGCUUCUGGUCGAUAGAUGAAACGGUCAAAGAAAAAUAUGCAGGCCAAGAUGUUGUUUUCAAGUGCCUUGGAGAGAACAUUCUCCAGAAUGCCUUUGAAGGCUACAAUGCAUGUAUCUUUGCCUAUGGGCAGACUGGGUCUGGAAAAUCAUACACGAUGAUGGGCACGGCGGACCAGCCUGGAUUAAUCCCUCGGCUCUGCAGCACCCUAUUCGAGAGAGCCCAGAAAGAGGAAAAUGAAGAACAGAGUUUCAAAGUGGAAGUGUCCUACAUGGAAAUCUACAAUGAGAAAGUCAGGGAUCUUCUGGACCCAAAGGGGAGCCGUCAGUCUUUAAAAGUCAGAGAACACAAUGUCUAUGGGCCGUAUGUAGAUGGGCUUUCAAAACUAGCUGUUGCCAGCUACAAGGACAUAGAGUCCCUGAUGUCUGAAGGCAACAAAUCUCGGACAGUCGCUGCAACCAACAUGAACGAAGAGAGUAGUCGGUCCCACGCAGUUUUCAAGAUCAUCCUCACACACACUUUGUACGAUGUAAAGUCAGGGACAUCUGGUGAAAAAGUGGGCAAGCUGAGCCUGGUUGACUUAGCAGGCAGUGAAAGAGCGACAAAGACGGGAGCCGCAGGAGACAGGCUGAAGGAAGGAAGCAACAUCAACAAGUCGCUCACAACUCUUGGGCUGGUUAUUUCUGCCCUUGCAGAUCAGGCUGCUGGCAAAAAUAAGAACAAAUUUGUUCCCUAUCGUGACUCAGUGCUCACUUGGCUUCUCAAAGACAGUCUUGGUGGCAACAGCAAAACAGCUAUGGUUGCAACAGUCAGCCCCGCAGCAGAUAAUUAUGAUGAGACACUUUCCACCCUGAGGUACGCUGACCGGGCCAAGAAUAUUGUGAACCACGCUGUGGUGAACGAAGACCCCAAUGCUCGCAUCAUCCGAGAACUGCGGGAGGAGGUGGAGAAACUCAGGGAGCAACUUACCAAAGCAGAGGCAAUGAAAUCUCCAGAACUAAAGGAUCGCUUGGAGGAAUCUGAAAAACUCAUCCAAGAGAUGACUGUGACCUGGGAAGAGAAGCUGCGAAAAACGGAGGAAAUUGCACAGGAGCGGCAGAAGCAGCUUGAAAGCCUUGGCAUCUCUCUCCAGUCUUCCGGGAUCAAAGUCGGCGAUAACAAGUGCUUUCUGGUUAACUUGAAUGCUGACCCUGCGCUCAAUGAACUCUUGGUCUACUAUUUAAAGGAACACACACUAAUUGGGUCAGAUAAUUCCCAGGAUAUCCAGCUAUGUGGAAUGGGGAUUCUGCCUGAGCAUUGUAUAAUAGAUAUCACCUCAGAUGGACAAGUUAUGCUGACACCUAAGAAGAACACAAGGACAUUUGUAAAUGGCACCGCUGUCUCAGGCCCCACACAACUUCACCACGGAGACAGAAUUCUGUGGGGAAACAAUCACUUCUUCAGGCUAAAUUUGCCAAAAAAGAAAAAAAAGGCAGAAGCUGAGGAUGAAGAGAAUUCGAUGAAAGGAAGCAACAGCUCCGAACAGCUGGAUUUAGAUGGAGACAACUCCAGUGAAGUGUCCAGUGAGAUCAACUUCAGCUAUGAAUAUGCCCAGAUGGAGGUGACCAUGAAAGCACUCGGCGGCAAUGAUCCCAUGCAGUCAGUUUUGCAGAGCCUGGAGCAGCAGCAUGAAGAAGAGAAGCGGUCUGCCUUGGAGCGCCAAAGGGUUAUGUAUGAACACGAGCUGGAACAGCUCCGAAGACGGUUGUCUCCAGAGAAACAGCACUUCCGUUCUAUGGACAGGUUCUCCUGCCAUUCUCCCAAUGCUCAGCAACGAUUACGACAGUGGGCAGAAGAGAGAGAAGAGAUGCUAAACCACAGCCUGAGGAAGCUGAGGGAGCAGAUUGUGAAGGCCAACUUGUACGUGAGGGAAGCCAACUUCAUUGCGGAGGAGAUGGACAAAAGAACGGAGUACAAGGUUACUCUGCAGAUCCCAGCUUCAAGCCUGAAUGCAAACAGAAAGAGAGGUGCUGUUCUUAGUGAACCAGCCAUUCAGGUGAGGAGAAAAGGUAAAGGCAAACAGAUCUGGUCACUUGAGAAGCUGGAGAACCGACUGGUAGACAUGAGGGAUCUCUAUCAAGAAUGGAAGGAUUGUGAGGAGGACAACAUGGUCAUGAGGUCUUACUUCAGGAGAGCAGACCCUUUCUAUGAUGAGCAAGAGAACCACAGCCUUAUCGGGGUGGCCAAUGUCUUCCUCGAGUCCCUUUCUUGGGAUGUGAAGCUCCAGUACGCCGUUCCAAUUAUCAACCAGAAAGGAGAGAUAGCAGGUCGACUGCACGUUGAAGUGGUACGUGUGAGUGGUGAGAUCGGCGAGCGAAUCGUAGGAGGCGAUGACAGCAUGGAGGCCUCCACUGAGAAUGAUCUACAGGAGCAGAAGCUGGUCUGCAUGAUCAAAAUCCUUCAAGCCACAGGUUUGCCCCAGCACCUCUCCAACUUUGUGUUCUGCAAAUAUUCUUUCUGGGAUCAGCUGGAACCCGUGACGGUGGCCCCCGAAGUGGACCCUUCUCUGUCUCCCAUCAGCAAAGAGCCCCGGUGCAUGGUUGUCUUUGACCACUGCAAUGAAUUCUCUGUAAAUGUUACUGAAGAUUUUCAGGAGUAUCUCUAUGAUGGUGCUUUGGCCAUUGAAGUUUAUGGGCACAAGCAGUGCGACCCUCGCAAAAACCCUGCACUGUGGGAUCUAGGAAUAAUUCAAGCUAAAACACGAAGUCUUCGAGACAGGUGGAGUGAAGUCACACGCAAACUGGAGCUGUGGGUUCAAAUUCUGGAACUUAAUGAGAAUGGGGAGUAUUGUCCAGUAGAGGUGAUACCAGCUAAGGAUGUGCAUACUGGUGGCAUCUUUCAGCUCAGGCAGGGACAGUCGCGCCGAAUUCAAGUGGAGGUGAAGUCUGUGCAGGAAUCUGGAACGUUGCCCCUCAUGGAAGAGUCCGUACUGUCUGUCGGAGUGGGCUGCGUUCAGAUCAGAAACAUCAAGUCACCAAAAGGGCAUGAGAAUUGUCAGGAGGAAGAUGACGACAUGGACAGUUACCAGGACAGAGACCUGGAGAGGCUACGUCGGAAGUGGCUGAACACGCUUACGAAGCGGCAGGAAUACUUGGAUCAACAGCUGCAGAAACUUGUUGGGAAACCUGACAAAACAGAAGACGACACAGACCGAGAGGCCCAGCUGUUAGAGAUGAGACUGACCCUUACAGAAGAAAGAAAUGCUGUCAUGGUGCCUUCUGCUGGAAGUGGGAUCCCUGGAGCACCUGCGGAGUGGACACCUGUGCCUGGUAUGGAGACGCACAUUCCAGUCAUUUUCCUUGAUUUAAAUGCGGAUGACUUUAGCUCUCAGGAUAACCUCGAUGAACCCGAAGCAGGAGGCUGGGAUGCCACCCUGGUUGGUGAAGAUGAAGAUGAGUUCUUUGAACUACAGAUUGUGAAGCACUAUGAGGCUGAGGUGAAGGCUGAAGCUUCCUGGGAUUCCACAGUUCAUAACUGCUCACAGCUCAGCAGAGGAACAGCAGCAGAGCAAAGGGUUUUCCUGAUAGUGCGGGUGACGGUGCAGCUCAGCCAUCCCGCAGAAAUGCAGAUUGUCCUUCGCAAGCGGAUAUGUGUCAAUGUCUACGGCAAGCAGGGGUUUGCUCAGAGUUUCCUGAGAAGGAUGUCCUACCGAAGUUCUGUUCCUGGCUGUGGAGUCACCUUUGAAGUAGUUUCAAAUAUCCCAGAGGAUGCUCAGGGAGCAGAGGAACGUGAGGCACUAGCAAGAAUGGCAGCCAAUGUUGAAAAUGCAGCUUCAGCUGACUCGGAAGCCCACAUAGAGAAAUACCUCCGGAGUGUGCUGGCUGUCGAGAAUAUUCUUACGCUGGACCGACUGCGCCAGGAGGUUGCCAUCAAGGAACAAGUAACGGGUAAAGGAAAGCUGUACAGGAAGAGCCUCAGUUCCCCAAAUGUCAAUCGACUCUCCGCAAGUCGCCAAGAUCUAAAUCCACCAUAUAGCCUUGCUACUUCCAAAAGUCGUUGGGAAAGCCAGCAAGACAUAUCUCAGUCUUCAGCACAUUCCAAUAAAUCCCGGACGAGUCUCUCAGGCUCUGCUCAGCAGAACGGUUCCAAUGACCCAGGACUCAGUAGCCUGGCUGCCUCAUACUUGAAUCCCGUGAAGUCCUUCGUGCCUCAGAUGCCAAAGCUGCUUAAAUCUCUGUUUCCAGUUAGAGACGAGAAAAAGGGCAGGCAACCAUCUCCCCUUGCACAGCAGUCUGUCCCACGAAUCAUGGUUCAGUCUGCCAGUAUUGAUGCCAGUGCUGUAAAAAUUAAACAGGUUAUGCAUGAGGAAGAAAGCAAAGAGUCAUUUGAGAUGACCAUGCAUUCUAGUGAGUUGGGGAAAAAUUCUGAAAAGUCACCUAACGUGCCUUCACGUCAGUCCAUGGCAGACAUUCCAACACAGGACUCCCAAGAAGGGCCACCAAGCCCCUUGAGUGAAGCGUCUAGUGGCUACUUCUCCCACAGUGUUUCCACAGCAACCCUUUCUGAAGCUCUUGCACCGGGAAAUGACUCCCCCCUUCCAGCCAGCAGCCAGGCGCCUGCAGCAGGUGAUGGGCCCCAGCCUGUAACGGCCAACCAGAUGCCUACUGCUGCUGAAGGUCCCAUAAAGUCAUGUUCUGUGAUAGGUUCUGAGGUUUCACCUUCUCUUCUGAGAGGUGAUUCAGCGGGCCCUAGCCUUAAAAUGGAGCAUGCAAGAACUAAAGACAACAACAAAGUUAAUGGCGAGGGCAACUUAAGGUCAAAGUCUGUUGCAUCUUCUGUAGCGGUAGGUGAUAACCAAUCUAAUGCCUCUGUAGCGACUAAUGCUAAAGGCUAUUCUUCUACCUCCUCCUCAAAGAAAGAGCUGCAGUUGACACAGCCACCUAUAACUUCACUAACCUGGGACCCUCCUCCUAUUAUUGGACAGGACAGUUCAGCAUCUGUUUCUGAAACAGGACCUUCAAAAUCUCAGGUUCUUCCCAACCUUUCACCUCAGUCCAGCAGUGCAGCCUCUCCAUUCAAAAUCCAAAGAGUAAGGACAUCAGAACUUAAGUCCUUCUCAAAUAUGUUGGGAGGAGAACAAGGGGGAUUCUCAAGCUCUGAGGAAGAGAAGGUCAGAGAGAGAAGCAAACAAAAUUCACAAGAGUCCGACCAGAACAACGGCACAGAAGCUGCCUCUGAAGAAAAACUGGAAGUAACGUCUGACUCCGAAGAAACCAAUGAGAUACCAGACUGGUUAAAGGAGGGUGAAUAUGUGACUGUUGGUACAAAUAAGACUGGAACAGUGCGAUACGUUGGACCAACAGACUUCCAGGAGGGAACAUGGAUCGGUGUGGAAUUGGAUUUGCCCUCAGGUAAGAAUGAUGGUUCGAUUGGAGGACGGCAAUACUUCAAGUGCAAUCCAGGCUAUGGCCUCCUUGUGAAACCAAGUAGGGUAAAAAGAGCCACGGGGCCUGCAAGACGUCGAAGCGCCGGCCUGAGACUGCAAGGUGGAGUCACACCUGAGAACCGGAAGAGUGGCAAUUUGUCUGGGUCAGCCUCCAACUUGGCUUCUCUGACUGCCUUGGCCAAAACUGAAGGAGGAUCCACUUUACGGCCUGAAAAGACCCAGAAGAAUACAGAAAACAGGAAAUCAUGGGCGACAUGAAAGAGGCCUGUUUGGAACCACACUACGUUGUUGAAACUGACACUUUGGAAUGGCCUUACUUGCACAGCUAAGCCAACCCAGGAGAUUACCAGCACAGGGCAGAGUCAUUGGGUGGGGUGGGGACGGAUUCUCUGCUAGAGUCCUUGAGGUAUGAUAAAUCCUUGGCCUUUUUUGUGAUGAGGGAGUCAAGUUGAGAUUCCUGAUGCAAACGUUGGCACUUCUAUUCCUGCUUUUACCGAGUCUUUCCCCAAAACACACUACACAUGUAUGCACACAGGCAACAAAUCAGUGAGUGUGCUUCAAGGGAAAGCUGUUUGCUAUAUUGAUUGCAUCUGUUUCCAGCUCUUCUGAGAGAUUGUGGACAUUGGGAUAACUUCUAGAACAGAAGCCAAAUGAACUUUCUGUUGGCUGCUAGAGAGCUGUUGACAAAAGGCUCACCCUUGAAGCACACUAAAGCCUACGACCAGCACGUGAGGGAGGGCCUGCUAGAAAUGAUGCCUGUCGCUUUUGCGGUUGGCUUCUGGUGUUUCACUGUUCCUGUUGAAGUCCAUGGGAAGGCAUUGCUCUUCACUCUGAUGGAAUGAGGGACUGGGGCCAGUUCACCAAAUCGGUAGCUUUUAGGAUGCUAAAACUUUUUAAAAACAUAUCUUUAAUUUCAUGGUGGUCUUAAGUGAUUUUAACUUUUUGUAUUUUAAAGAGAGAAGCAGGAAGGAAUCUGCUUUCCUCUCAUCUGGAAUCCUGGAUUUUUUGUAUUAAUUUAAACAUGCCAGCAUGCCGUCUGGUGCUACUGUAUUUAUAAAGAUGGUUCCCAGUUACUGGUCUAAGUUUUGGUCAGAGUAGCUCCUAACACUGAUGUCCUGGUAUGGCCAUCCUUCCUUGCAUUCUGGGUUUUAACGUGUUUGUAAAGCAGAUGCUUAUUCCUUUUCCCAAUACUAUGGUAUUUAUUUGUUAUUUAUUGCCAUUUUUAAAAUAAUAAUAAAGCCCUUGCGACUUUACAAUCAAUCCACUGCCUACCAUUUGCACAGAAGGUGCAUAGUCCUGUUCCGGGUACCCCCAAAUUAUUUGCAUGCACUCACCCAUCUUCCUGCCUAGUGAAUCUGUGUCUUUGUGCUCCUUUGUACACUUCUUCAAGAUGGAAUCUUUCCUUGGAAGAUGUGGCUGUACUUGGCCCGCGGAAGCUGAGAACAGUCUGCUGUCCACAUGCAGUAGUGUGCCAUGGAGUUGUUAAAUUUCCACUUUUGCUGCCUGUUUGGAACUGCAAAAACAGAGGAAAUUUGUGUAGCCCAUGGCAGUCCACCAUGUGUGGCCGGUGGAUGGUGAUCCGCUUGGUGAGUCACAAAGACUGACACUUGUCCAUGAAGACUGGCAAAUCUGAAGUUUGGCCAAGGACAUUACAAAAACUUUGAGCCAGUUCUGAUAGAAGCUUCUACAGCAGGUGUGUGUGUGUGUUUCCCCCCAGGAGCAUCUCCUGCAAAUGUGUGCUUGUGCAAAUAUAUGAAGCGAUCUCACCCAGGCAACUCGCUGCUGGCUAGAAUCCCUCCACAACUUGUGGAAUGAUGCUGUCAUGGUCCGUAUUUGUAAAUGUAUAUGGUCAGAAGAAUGUGACAGAGCAGCCUUGCUGAAGUUAUGCAGGUUUGGAUCUGGUCAGUGUCUGGAUGGGAGACUUCCCUGGAACCCUGUGUACCCUGCCUUGACCUCUGUGAUGGAGGAAAGGCUGGACAGAAUAAGCAAACAUAAGCCUUUGCACAAAUAGUUGCCAGGAUCUGGGCUACCUCUUGAUUUGGUAAGCAUGAAUGGCAUGUGUUACCUUUGAUCCACUACAGAUGUUCGAGUUCUGUAAGUGAUUUUUUUAAAGGCCUGUGGUAUUGAUAGUUGGACUUUGAUGCUGAUCCACUCUCUUCCUUGCUGUGCAGGUGUGUACCCAAGUGCCUUGCCCAUCCGGCCCCAAGGGUUGGGACAAAAGCUUCUGGAUCUUAGGUGGUUGAGUGAGGGAGCUGCUGCUGCUGAUUAACUCUU